AUGUCCCGUGCAGGAACAUGCCCACGCGUCAACUCUCGCGGAGUUUUUGGGAUUUUGCUGGCGCUCUUAUUGGCGGCGAGAGCUCUCGAGGUGGGCGCGUACAGCUGUCAUGAGGUGAGGGCCGCCUUCCAGAUGAGGCAGGUCGGCCCGCUGCACCGCGUCCCGGAGAUACCUGGCACAGAUGUGGAUCUCUUGGUGUGCAAGCAUCAGGGUCCCUCUUGCUGCACCCGCAAAAUGGAAGAAAGCUAUCAGUUCGCAGUGAAGCGAGAAACCCUCCACAACAUUUACGUGUACAGUUAUGAGCUGAAGCAUUUGAUUGCUAGCCACUCGGAUACCUUCCAGGACAUGUUCCAGUACCUACUAUCCUUCUCUCAAGGACACUUGAGUUCUCUGUUGGAAGGGACCUACACUCCACUUUCUCAUCAAGCUUUGCCCCAUGUUAACCAACUAUUUGCCUCACUAUCACUCUACCUCCGUGGAGCCAACGUUUCAGUGGAGGCGACAGUCAACCAAUUUUUUAAUAACCUCUUCCCACUCGUCUACACACGACUUAUCAAUCCAGGCAUUGUCGACAGCACGGCAGUGGACCGAGAAAUGACGGACUGCCUCCGUAUGAUCCGACAGGAUGUUAACCCUUUUGGGCCUCAUCCAAGCGUCAUGGCCCAGGAGCUUUCUGAAGCAAUAAGUGUGGGGCGACAAAUGGGCCUAUUCUUCGAGGAAGGUCUGGAGGUGCUGAAUGCCACCGAACACAUCACCUUGACUAAAGACUGUGUUAAGGGCCUCGUAAAGAUGGUAUACUGCUCCCAUUGUAGAGGCCUGACUCUCAUCAAGCCCUGCGUAGGUUACUGUCUCAAUGUUAUGCGCGGCUGCUUGGCAAGCAUAUCGGAGCUGGACCAGCCUUGGAGGAGAUACACCAACUUAUUGGAGCAGUUAACCCACGCCAUGGUAGGCCACCACAGCCUGGAACUCGCACUUCUAGGAAUGCGUGGCCACGUGAACGAGGCCUUGCUCUAUGCACAGCUCCACGGUCCACUCAUCACAGCCACAGUAGACAAGGUGUGUGGCCUGACGACCAGGGCGCCUACCGGUAUGCAGCCUACCGGACCUGAGGUCACAACCCCCAGCGGGACCUCACCAACUCAGCUUCCUUCUGCUGCCCCAUUCAAACCUCUGCCAGAGCAAUGGCUUGGGCGCGUCGCCCAUUUGAGGAACUCGCCCCCACUGAAACCCUCCAAGAAUAAUAAACAUAGUCUGAGAUCACUCUCUAGGGACUUCCUGAUGUACCUGCAGCGCUACAAGUCCUUUUAUGCAGCGCUGCCGGAGAUGCUGUGUGAAGGGGAGAAUGUGGUGGAUGAUGCCACAUGUUGGAGUGGGGAUGAGGUGGUGGAGAGUUAUGCAGGCAGAGUGGUAGGAAAUGGUCUGCACGCACAGAGACAGAAUCCGGAGGUCAAAGUUCGCACCCCGAAUCCGUCACUCGCUGAAGUCAAGGAGAGGCUUGAAAAUUUCAACCAGGAAACGCAGGAGAAAUUUCCUAAUCUGGGCCAGUUUGAAACCUGGGAGGAGCUAGGCAGUGCGGAGACGGAGGGUAGCACCUCAGAUUGUGAUGAUGAAGAUGGGUGUCAAGCCUCAGGAAACGGCCAAGAUACAACCUUACACACAAAAGACUCCAGUGAAGUUGGAUCCAUUGGGCCUGGAUUGGACGGUCCAAAGCAGAACCCAGCCAAGCCCCCGUCAGUACGAGUGAUAGGGAACUCCCCGCCGAGCAGCUGGUCGGGACUCUGCAGCCUUGCGCUGCCCAUCGCUGCACUUUGCUGGCAAUGGACCCUGUUCUGA